AUGCCCUCGAAGAAGAUGACGGCGAAGAAAUCCACCGGGGGUUCAGCCCCCCGCGUGGUCAUCACGCUUGAGGCUGCAGACGACGUCUCAGACGCAUCGCAGAGCGAUGAGAUGGACGUAGCGUCCGACGGUUCUCACCAUAACGACUUUUGUAUCGUUUGUCGCGACGGCGCCGUAGAGCCAAAUUCGCUCGUCUGCUGCAGCGAAUGUCCGCGUGUCGUCUGCGUCAAUUGCAUGGACAUACCUGCCGCGUUCCAGCACGCCGUCCUGGCCGAUGACGUCCUUUUCCAAUGUAUUUGUUGUUAUAUAUCCCAGCAAGAGAGCAGGCGGCGGCAAGAGAACGGUCCAAGUCGCUUGCCAUACUUUGGUUUCCACUACUCCGACGGACGGCCGGUACUGGACAGGUUCCUGAACAUCCGCGCCACCCUGGAGCUGUCCCUCCGCGCCCAAAUAUCCUCAGCCCCCGUUCUCUUCGUUCACUUGAAGAUAGUAGACUACGACGCUACGGGAGGGUCGUUCGAUCUCGCGUACGAUUUCCUCAAGCCGUACUUCCCGUGCGGCGGGCUCGAGCGUCGCGAGGUGACGUUUGACAUCGCCACGACCGCGAAGGCCGCAAACUAUCAGCGAUCCGUAGAUAGCAUGGUACGCGCUCUCAAGGAGCAAGGCAAGUGGGACCGCGUGGUGAUAGGCAUCUCCGACCACACGGACAACGACAACGGCGACCCAUUCGCAGGAUACGACGGGAAAAAAAGAUUCAUCGCUGCACGCGUCGAUAAUUUUUUAGAUAUCAUUCUCAAACCGUGGCAGGGCCUCGUCGAUCACGCGUCCGAAUCAUACUUAUGGUUCUUUUGCUGCGGUGCCCUAGUCAACAACAUCGAGUCGUUCAAAACCUUGCAGACGUCUAUUCUUCGUCACCGUAUGAGCGCCGCUGUUGCAUUUACCGCGCCUCGCUUCCAGCCUAGUUUUACAUCGCAUCUCCUUCUUGCGUUCGCUGAGAUCGUACUCCUCGAGCGAUUCGCGAUUCACAACUCUUUUCCGCACAUGCUGGGGCAAUCGUUCAAGCUCGGACGUCACACGGACAUUUUCUUGAUGACCCCAGACAAGGACCAACUGACGGUGACCAAAUACUGUUGGACCCACAUCGACCAUCGCCCAUGGGGUCAUUACCUACCCCUACUCUGUCCUAGCUGUGGUGUAGGGAAUGCUUGGCGAUCUGCCAGCAAGUCCAGAGUCUACACUUUUGAGUGCACUAAUCACCCUUGUCGUACGUCUUACACAUUCAAACAGCCAGAGGGUUCUAGGAUGCUGCAUCCCGGGAAGACGGGCAGCAGUUGCUGGAUCUCCAUCCCUUGGAAAUAUUGA